AUGGCUGUUCCGUUGGUAUCGCAAUUGUGCACGCUGCUGGGCAACCAGCAAUUUCCCUCGCAGCUGGCAUCGAUUUUGAGUAACCAUAACGCAAAGGAGAGCUACGAGAGCAAAGAUCAUCUUGUCCUGCACAUAGAAGCGUCUAUCUGUACAAAGGAUGCAUCUCGUUCGCCUCCUGGCACAAUACUUUUGGGCUGCAUUGAUCUUAAGAAUGGACAAGUGAUUCCAUAUUCCCCAAUCACUCCAACUGCUACUCCACCUCGAGACGACGAAACGGAUGAAAACGCACCGCUCACCCCCAGAUCAAUCCAAAAUGAGGAAGCACAUCCUCCCAAACGUCACAAGACGGUCAGCGGUCUGCGACCAUCCCGACAUCUUCAGCCCGCCGGGACAAUUGUAGAGUCUCCAGAGCCGGACCAUAGUGGCGAUACUUCUUCCACAGAGGAUCAAAGCACAGUCUCCAGAUCAGUCCGCCAGGUCCAUAGUGACACCGGGUUUCCGCAGCGUAGAAAAGCCGGACAGGAUUACGCCGCGCCGGUCCUGGAGCCUACAUCAACCGACAAGUUGAUUGCGGGGAUCUGGAGACAGAUGUACUCACCUGUGAAGCUGAGCCGAGUUCCUGCUGUGGCUGAACCCACGAUUAAUAUCCGCACUGGUGUCAGUGGAGAUGUCUUCCGAGCUGUCAACACUCUGUGCAUGAAAUACUACAAUCAGAGCCAGUCGUCUCGCGCCUUGGAGAUGAUCGUCCAGGCCUACUGGAUUGAAUGCUAUGAAGCACGUAUUGCCGUCAUCCGGCUGGAGAACCCGCAUUUAUCCAGUACUGAAGCACGAAUGACUGCGCUGAAAGAGGCCUGUGCAGUCCUCAACUGGAAGGAAAAGGACCUCCGAAACAGAAUGGCAAUCUGGCGCGGGUACAAGGAAAUCAAAGAUGCAGGCGGCUGGCCCGCCCUGAUCUUCGCCAGCUCCGGCGUCUACCGGUUCUGCAAAUACCGCACCGGCUUUAGCGAGGGUUUCUCGACUCGUCUGCGCCAUAUCCGGUCGAGUCUAAAAGUUGCGGCGGACACCCUCCACCCCGAAUGGAGGGAUCUGUUGCACGUCAUCGGCCAGGGGGGUACCCGGCGCCAGUACCAUGGCCACCCCCAUGAGUGGGUGACGGUGACAGGAGAGCCAGCGCUACCCCUGCACGCGACCUAUGCGCACCUCAAUCUGCCGAACGGGUUCCUUUAUCGCUUCAUCGACGAGUGUGUGCUCGAUACGACAGUGUUCGGGGAAGAAGAUCCCCGUCGCGUACCCGAUCUGGAUCCGGAUAUCUGCCAGGUCUGCAAGUCGAAACAGGCGGACGACGUCGAGCAGAACCAAUGCUCGUGUUUUCCGGCGCUAUUCGGAGGCGUCAAGGGACCUGCUCCUGUUCAGAUAUUCAGUACCGCCAGUGGAAAGAACAAUGGCGUAGUGGCCCGUGUGAACUUUGACCGCGGGGCAGCAAUCGGCGAAUUCGUCGGGCUUAUAACAAAUGGUAUCUCCGGCGUAGAUGUCAUGGUAGGCGGCACGAAGGGCAGGACGUACCAGAUCUACCAGGGCGAGAUGGGCAACUUCACCCGGUUUAUCAACCAUUCAUGCCGGCCCAAUAGCCAGUUCCAGCGGUUCUACUGGCGCGGCCGGGAGCGGAUCGUUGUGGUUUCGCGAGGUGUAGUAGCGGGGAGGGAGAUCACGGUAGAUUACUCGGACCAUUAUUGGAAGCAGUUGAAUAAGGUCUGCAUUUAG